CACGACGACAGCACGAUGAACCCCCAGGGCCCCGUCAUCUCGCGCUUCGCAAUUCUGAUCGGCAUCAAUGCCUAUCCAGACAGACCAUUGCAAGGAUGCGUCAGAGACAUCCUAGCUUUCGAAAGGUACCUUCAACAAGUAUCCAGCAACACCCACAUACAGCUCUUCACAGCAGCCAGCAGCCUCAACCCCAGCCCUAGCCCCAGCCCAGGACUGGCUGAAACAUUUGCGGACCCAUCAACCCUGCCAACAUAUCGAAAUGUGACUCUUGGCCUCGAGAAGGUCACACUCGCGGCACAGCCGGGUGAUCUUGUCUACAUUCACUUCUCUGGGCAUGGGACUCGUUGCGAGCCCUAUGCCGAGUUUUCGAACCAGUCUACCGGGGACCUAGCGCUAGUUUUGCUGAGCGGGAAGAAAAACGACGAAAUAUUUCUUCGAGGUCCAAGGUUAGCGCGCGCUCUAAACGCCAUGGUGGAAAAGGGAUUAGUGGUCACUGUUGUUUUGGACUGUUGUUUCUCUGGGAGCGUCUACCGACGCGACAAUCCCAGAGUCCGCUUUCUCCCUUGCGACAGUGUGCUCGACCAGGUCGAGAUCGACGCCGACGAAGACGACAAGACAGGAGAGUUGGAAGCAAUCAUCGAUUCCGGAAAUCGCGACGCUUCCGCACGGGUCAACUGGCUGAUCAACCCAGCCGGGUAUUCCAUACUCGCUGCAUGCUGUCCUCACGAGGAAGCCCUUGAGAGCGAGUUUGACGGACAACCUCGCGGAGUAUUGUCUUAUCUUCUCCUGCAGGUGCUACAGGAGCACGGCGGCCUUGGAACGAGAUUUCAGGACAUCUACGCAUCCCUUCAAGCCAAGUUCAAAGCCCGUGAUGCCUCGCAGCAGCAGAACCCCGUGCUGUACGGGAACAAACGCCAGGGCUUCUUCGGGAAAACAUACUCGGACACCACCACCGCGGUCACGGCCGUCCCAAUUGUCCGGGGACCGGAUGGUAGCCUCCAACUGCAAGCCGGCCAAGCACAUGGCGUUUCCUGCGGCGACAGAUUCACACUCUAUCCCGUAAGCAAAACAGGAGACAACAAUGAUUCUAGCUUCGCCGGAAACCAAGCUCUUAGCAAGGCUAUCAAGGUAAGGGCUCUCACAUCACAGCUUGAACAUGUCGAUGACGCAGCGCCGACUACCACCCAUGGUCCCACCGAGACAGGGUGGCUUGCGAGGCCGCUAAACCGCCGCUCUCUUGAGAAAUUUUCUAUCCAGCUCUCGCCUGAUAUUCUCCCCCGAGAAGAGUGGCUAACGGCCAUGAGAGGGCGUCAUCUUGGCAUUGUUCACGGCGAAUCGGACGGCCCUAGCACAGCAGCAUCAUUCCGCGUCGAUUUGAACCGUAAUGAAGAGUACGAAAUCCGUGAUCAAUCGGGUCAGAAACUUAUAAACCUGCCCCUCAUGCUGCAGAGCCAGACGGAAACCAACUACUUCUGCGACGUCAUGGAACACCUGGCUAAGUUUGCGCUGGUUGGGCAACUUACCGAUAAUAGUAGUACUAGCAUGGAGAAGGAGCCCGACGAACGGGCAAUAGAGCCAUUCGCCAAGUCUUUCAGCGUCCAAAUCACCACACGGUCCGGGGCCAUUGUCGACGCGGGGUGUCCUGUGCAGGUCGACCACAGCGAGAAACUGUGGACUUUCGAGCUGCAGGUCGAGAACAAAGGGGACAAGGCGCUGUACCUAUAUGCGUACAACAUGGGGCCUCUUUGGCAGGUCGAGGGCAUCGACUUUGGGACAUACCAACUCGUUCCUCCGCGAGAUGAUGAUCAAAAACUUUCGGGAGUGGUUAAGAAGAGGCUGAGGACAAUGGUCCCCCCUAAAAUGCUGGCUGAUGGAUACCGUCAGUGUGAGGAUAUAAUCAAGGUGUUUGUCACGUCCCAGCCAACAUCAUUUGAUAUUUUAGAGCUGCCAGAAAUUGGUGAGGUCGCCCCGGAAAAGAAGUCGUCUUCGAGGAUCAGCUGGGCUGACCACGAUGUUCUAGCCAAGUGGGCUGCGCUGAGUUUCCCCAUCCACACAUUUUUUUCAAGUACUACCUAGUUAGAUAUUAAAGAGGUAGACCAAUGAGUCAGAAACAAGAUAAUUGUUGGAUUUUACAUUCAGGCCGAAAAAAAUAUGAAGUGUUGUGUUCUGUUC